GCCACCGUACUAUGAAAACAACGUACAUUCGAGAGAAAAAAAGAAGCAAAUAUUUCACGGACUUCGUGUUGGAAAAUGCUUAUAUAUUAAGGCUGGAAGUGACUACAAACCAUAAAAAGAUUUAAUCCAGGUUGUGUCAAUCCAUAAUUGUAAUUGAUGAUGGCUUGGAGUAGCAGCGCUCUCCACGUGGACGAUGGUCUUGCUGAAGAUUUUGCAUCGAAUCUGUCGGGUUUGGGAACUGAACUCGGCACUGGAGCAUACAACAUGAGUGAAGUGUUGGCCCUGCCUAUGUUCAAGCAAGAAGAAAUUGAAGGACGAGGUACAGAUCUACCUACCACUCUUGAGAAGGCAUUUGGUGCUUUCUCUUCCAUCCAUGCUGCAGCAGCUGCUGAAGAAGAGGAACAGUCAAGUUUCCAGGUGAUUUUGAAUGCAGCCACAUCACCUUUCACUAAAGUGAACGAAGACACCUUAACUUACCUCAACCAAGGCCAGUCCUAUGAACUUAAAAUCAGAAGGCUAGGAGCUAAGGAUUUUGAAGGCAAAUUAUUUAAGAGUGUAGUUCGAGUACUAUUUCAUGAUAAGAGGUUGCAGUACACUGAACAUGCCCAGAUUGAUGGGUGGAAGACAAACCGACCUGGAGAGAGAAUAUUAAGAAUAGACCUUCCGCUUUCAUACAACAUUGUCAAAUACAACACUGCCUCACAGAACAUCAAUGAAGUAGAGUUUUUCUGGGAUCCCUCGUCAACUGUUGGUGUUUUCCUUCAGAUUCACUGCAUAAGUUCUGAGUUCACAGCGAAGAAGCAUGGGGGAGAGAAAGGAGUUAUAUUUAGGAUACAGGUUGAUUCAUAUUAUGUUGAUGAUGAUGGUACAGAGAAGCCUUUACAUGCUGCCAGCUGCCAAGUCAAGGUCUUCAAGCCAAAAGGUGCAGACCGGAAACAUAAAACGGACAGAGAGAAGAUGGAAAAGAAAACAGACAAGCACAAAUACCAGCCGUCCUACGAUUGCACAGUUCUUACAGAGUCGCCGGUGUCUAUACCGCAGCCUUCCAAUAUAAGCGGAAUCCAGAACCCAAACCCUGGUCUAUCAUAUCAGAAUGAGAGUGGGAGGAGGAGUUUCUCAUCAUUAGAACAAUGCUACUCACCGUUGGACAGCACCUACUCAUCCAUCGAACAGAGCUUUGUAAAUAGUACUCCAAACAGAUCUCCUGCUCCAUCAAACAACCAUGUUCUUUCACCUGAAGUAUCAAAUGCAGAAUCACCAUCACCAUUAUAUCCACACUACACAGCAGCUCAGACACAAGAAUGGCUGAAGCAACAUAGAUUUGAUAAUUAUUGUAAACCCUUCCAGAAUUUCUCAGGUGCUGAUUUACUGAGACUAGCAAAGGAAGAUUUAAUUCGUAUCUUGGGUCCAGCUGAUGGUAUUCGACUCAACAAUGCCUUACAAGAAAGACAUAUCAGACCAAGAUUAACAAUGUACGUCUGUCAAGAAAGAGAACAAGUAUACCAUGCCAUGUACCUUGAGAGACCGUUGGUAUCAGAAUUGAAAGCCAAAUUAGCAGCACUAUACCAUGUUGACAGUGAACACAUCUCAAGAAUUCUCAAGCAAGGAGUUGGAGGAAUCAGAGUUUUAGUCAGUGAUGAGAUGGUGCAAAACAUUACAGAUGAGAGCAACUUUUCACUAGAGGCAGUGAAAGAUCCCGAUGGAAACACAUAUACAAUAGUGAUGAAGUGAAAACAUAUCUCUGAAGAAUAACAAAUGAACUUAUCUAGCAGAAGCGAAAGUCUUCAUUAUAUGGAGUCUGAAAUCCUUGGCAGUAAUCUUCUUGGACUCUAUCCAGCACUUCUACAAUGCACAAGAGAGGAACGAGUUUGCAUCGAUUCUUGUCAUUUACAUCUCCUCUGUGUAUUGGUUGAUGUACGCUAUGUACUCGUUGAACAGCAUUUGAGUAGGAGGACAAUUAAAGGGGAAAUUCACCCUGACAUAAGUUGGUUGCAAUAAAAGCAGAAACAUUUGAGAAAAGUAUUGGUGAAUGUUUUGGUUGAAGAAUAAUGGAGAUAUGAAUUUCUAAAAUGUUGAUUUUGUGAUGUCAAAGAUAAGAAGCUCCUCCAUUCGGGUAAUGUAAAUUCCAUAGGAUGCAAUUUUCUGUAAAAAUGGAAAGAGAUUUUAUGUAAUUGUUGGGUGGAUAUCAUCAGGCACGUCAUUUUAUAUCCCCUACGAUAAGAAAAAUAUUUUCAUCUUCCAUUAAAAACAUUGCAGUCAGUCGGCAAGCCCUCAAAAAGUUGCUUCUUUCAUCCAAAUGAUAUUCUCAACUAGAGGGUUUUUGCAUUGGUAAUGAGCUUGGUUCGGACAAAAAACACCUCUUUUUAUUCGGCCAUUGCUGCUCUAAAUAUUGACCAAUCUUUGUUUUUGGUAUUUUUAUAGAGAAGAUAUAUUAUUCUUUCAGGUCAUGUGUCUGGAUUUUUAAAAAGAUUUUGUAACAUAUAGGUAAAACUUUUGAUCUAAAACAUAAAACAAAAUAAUUAUUUUCAUGCAACAAAUCUUGUUUUUACACUGAAUUUCUGGUUGGGCCCAAAUAAUUUUUAGAUUAUGAUAAAGCUGAAGAUCUACGCUUUUUUAUAAGAAGAGGUAUCUUAGAUGGGUCAGCAGCCAGCUUUUCAUAGGCCAAGUACAUUUAGCAGUUUAAAAACAAGAAUACUGCGCUCUGAUUGGUCAUAGAGACCACACACCCUUGCAAUUCCAAUGUUCCCACAUGACACUGGGCCUCUCUGCAAGGUCACACUCGUCAUGUGGUAAUCUCUUCAAAUUACCCUCGCCUGUUGUUUUAAAAACACUAUUCAACCAAUCAGAACUCUGGAUUUUAUGCUACUCAGAAAUUUCAAAAAUCUCCUCUUGCAUUUUUGUGGAAAAAACUGGCUAAUGACCCAUCUAAAAGGUUAUCAAGAGUGACAUUGUUAGAAAGUAGAGUUUGAGCUUUCUGAUGAUAUAAAUAAAACACAAAUUUUGCACAAUUUGUAAGGGAGAAAAUUCUGUUUGAGGCAUCUUUUCAUGCCUAUAAUUCACUUAAUAAUCAAAAGAAAUGAUCAGUAUUGAAAGAUGAUCACUCUUUCAUAUGGUAUGAAAUUAAUCAAUUUUACUCCAUGAGAAAGUAGUUAAAUUCUCUGAGAAACAAAGUCUCACAAUUCACAAGAUUUUGCAGGGACAUGAAUUCAGCUACGAGAGGACUUGGAUAAAUCUUGCUCAUUAACUCGGGGGCUUGCAGACUGACUGAUUGGAAUUCAUUACAUGGGGAGCUGUUCGACGACAAAAUAAAACAGUUUGAAAUCCACAACUCCCUCAUUUAUUGAUGAAUGUUAUUCAAAUUUUCACCAAUAGCUAUCUCUAACUUAUCGUCAGGCUAAACUUCCCCUUUACUGGAGAGGUGUGGUUCUCCAUAUCAAAUAUCAUCUUGAGCUUUUAUUGUAUUUUACAUGUGACUAUGUUUCAUUAAAUGCUUUUUAGCGUAUUGUUCAUGCACUUAGAUUUUCUUUUUCAUACUUGCAAUGUAAGAACGGAGUUGCGACGGAUCAUACAUAAUCAUGACAGCGUUAAUAUACAUUGGCAAACAUACAGUUCUAGCAGACUCCUUUUACUC